GCCCGGCCUGAGAGCGAUGGCGGUGAACCAGAGCCACACCGAGAACCGCCGAGGAGUCUCCAUCCCUUACGGAGAAAGCGUCUUGAAGCAGAGUGAGGAUGUGGAACUCUCCUUCCCACAGCAGCCAGAGGGAUCCCAAUUCUUCAGGGGUACAAAGAGGGGAGCCCUGUUUCUCACUUCAUACCGGGUGAUCUUCGUGACUUCACACUCAAUCAGCGAUCCCAUGUUGUCUUUCAUGAUGCCAUUUGAUCGGAUUAGUAACUGUACCAUCGAACAACCAGUCUUUGGUGCCAACUACAUUUUGGGAACCAUCCAGGCAGUGCCAGAUGGUGGCUGGGAAGGACAGGCUACUUUCAAAUUGUCCUUCAGAAAAGGAGGCGCCAUUGAAUUUGGCCAGUUGCUGAUGAAAGCAGCCACUGCUGCUGCCAGAGGAGCACCUCUUAGAAGUCUCAACUGCUGGCUCGGCCCUCUGGGGCUAUACGUGAUAUGCCCCCAACCGGUGCCUUACGGAGCAUACCCAACUUACGGAGCUCCACCCCCAGGCUAUGGAGCCCCACCCCCAGGCUAUGGGGCCCCACCCCCAGGCUAUGGGGCCCCACCACCAGGCUAUGGGGCCCCACCACCAGGCUAUGGGGCCCCACCUCCUGGCUAUGGGGCCCCACCACCAGGAUAUGGAGCCCCACUACCAGGAUAUGGAGCCCCAUAUGUGGAACACGGAGCCUCACACUCAGGACAGGGAUCCUCACACUCAGGACAUGGAGCCCCACAAGCGGGAACUGAAGCUCCUCUGAGCUAUGCAGCCCAACUUGUUGGAAAUGAAGCCUCAGCUCCAGAAGAGGAGACUCCAAGGACAGGAAGUAUAGCUGGGAACCACAGACCUGCAGCAGAGGAGGCCACUACCCUCUCCACCUCAUCCUCUUAUGCCCAGUCUCCACCUACUUUAAAGUAAAUCUGAAGACUUGUGAAGUGGAA